AUGACCUCCGGAACCGCUUCAUUCAAAGUCCCAGGCCUUUCCGAGCCUUGCCAAACCUGGUAUAAAGUUUUUGGCGACCUCACAACCUCUAAAACCCCAUUAAUUGUACUUCAUGGAGGACCAGGCGCAUGUCACGAAUAUCUACUUCCAUUAACAGACCUCGUAUCCUCUAUUCCUGUCAUCUUUUACGAUCAGAUUGGCAAUGGACAAUCGACGCAUCUCCCCGAGAAGGCGGGCGACGAAGCAUUUUGGAGCGUCGAACUUUUCCUAAACGAACUUGAUAAUCUCAUAAGUCAUCUUGGGUUGAAAACUCGACCGAUUGAUGUCCUCGGGCACUCUUGGGGUGGAAUGCUAGCAGCUGUGUGGGCAUCCGAUGCGUCGAGAUCAGCCAAUCUUCGACGAUUGAUACUUGCGAGUAGUUUGGCUAGUAUGGAGACAUUCCAACUUGGUAUCGCCGAACUGAGGAAAAAUCUUCCUCUAGAUGUUCAAAAAGCGUUGGAUCGUGGAGACGAAACAGGAGAAUACGAGAGUUCGGAGUACGAAGCUGCUGUGGAAGCUUUCUACAAAAGACAUCUCAGCCUAGCGAGGCCGUGGCCAGCACCAGAAGUUCAAGCUGCGAUGAAUUGGCUUGCAAAUGAUGCGACUACCUAUCGUACUAUGUAUGGUCCCAGUGAGCUUGUUGUUACUGGCAAUCUUCGUAACUGGACAUCUAUUCCGAACUUGAGUAAAAUUAAGGUUCCGACGCUGUUGAUUAAUGGAAUGGAAGAUGAAGCACAGGAUGUGGCUAUGCAACCAUUCUUUGAGCGUAUUGAGAAGGUUAAGUGGAUCGUCUUGGAUAAUGCUGCACAUUUCUGCCAUGUGGAUCAACGAGAGAAAUUUAUGAAACAUUUGAAGGCUUUUCUUAUAGACGUCUAA